CCGGGGUCUGGUUACCGGCUCCUUGCGUCACCUCCUGCUGGGGAGCAGCGCAGGCCGGUGGGGGCCUGAUGGAGUGGGGCCGGGCCCGGCAGGUCUAUCUGGUGACGGGCGGCUGCGGGUUCCUGGGCUCCCAUCUGGUGCGGAUGCUGGUGGAGCGGUCGCCCAACGUGGCCGAGGUGCGCGUCUUCGAUCUGCAGCUGGAUCCGGCCCUGCGGCAGCUGGGGACAGACAAGGUGAAGGUGACCCUGAUCUUGGGGGACAUCAGUAGCCCCACUGACGUUGGGGCUGCCGUGAAGGGGGCGGACGUGGUGAUCCACGCAGCCAGCUUGGUGGACGUGUGGGGCAGGGUCCCGCCCGAGAAGAUCACGGAGGUGAACGUUCACGGGACCAAAAACGUGAUUGACGCCUGCAUCGAGCAUGGGACCCAGUAUCUGAUCUACACCAGCAGCAUGGAGGUUGUGGGCCCCAACACCAAGGGGGAUCCCUUCUACAGGGGGAAUGAGGACUCGGCCUACGAUGCCCAGCACGAGCAGCCAUACCCCCUGAGCAAGGCGCAGGCCGAGCGCAUGGUCAUCGAGGCCAAUGGGACGCCUCUGGGGGGUGGCCGGUGGCUGGUGACCUGCGCCCUGCGCCCCACAGGGAUCUAUGGGGAGAAACACCCGCUAAUGAAGGAAUUCUACGAGAAGGGGCUGCAGACGGGACGGAGGCUGCUCCGGGCCAUUCCCGUCAGCACCGAGCACGGCCGGGUCUACGUGGGCAACGUGGCCUGGAUGCACGUGCUGGUGGCGCGGCAGAUGCAGGAUGCCCCGGCGGCCAUCGGGGGCCAGGUCUACUUCUGCUACGACGCCUCCCCCUACAAGAGCUACGAGGACUUUAACAUGGAGAUCCUGGCCUCCUGCGGCUUCCGCCUCCUGGGCUCCCAGCCCGUCGUGCCCCAUUGGCUCCUGCGCUGCCUGGCCCUGGCCAACAACCUCCUCCGGCGGCUUCUCCGGCCUUUCUUCUCCUACGCCCCCCUGCUCAACCCCUACACCCUGGCCGUGGCCAGCACCACCUUCACGGUGCAGACGGACAAGGCCCAGCGCCACUUCGGCUACCAGCCCCUCUACACCUGGGAGGAGAGCCGAGCCCGCACUGUGGCCUGGAUCCAGGAGGUCGACGCCCAGAGAGAGGCGGGGAAGUAGAGCCGGUGGAGCCAGAUAGUAGUGGGGGACUGAGCAGCUGGGCCUUGGUUCCAGCCUGCAUGUUUCUUUGCAAUGAAUCCAGCUCCAGAG